CGACUCGAGGUCAUAUUUCUCCAGCAAGCGCUAUAAAAAGGAUACCACUCCUCAGCUCACAUCAUUUUCAGUCGUGACCGCCAGCUAUCUGACACAAAAGUAUUUUUGAAAGAGAUAUAUUUGUCUACUGCUCCUUGAUAAUAUAUGAACAUUUGUCUUUGAUUUUCUUCACCAUUUGCGCUAAAAUCUAAAUCAGUUAUUUAUCAGAGAGGAAGAAAGGGAGGGAAAGAUCAUACUUCUGAAAUAUUGCAUCUAUAAAGUCAUCCUUGAGCGUCAUCUAAGCUUUACUUCAUUUUAACCGAACUUUCUUCUUGAGACCAUGUCGAUCACCAUGUCGAAUGAUAAGCAGCUCCUCCAUCCCGACGUCCAUUGCCACGUCGACGUCAGCGAAAACCAUAAACCAAUGAAGAUGAGCGACGUCCAACGCCUGGCGAUGCUGAGAUCGAAAGCGAAAAGCGAGUCGGGGAACUUCAGCUGCGUUGACUUCUUCAAGACUCUGCUCUUCAUCGCCACCGUCUGCACCUUCGCCUUCGUGUUCUACCGAAUCGCAGUGCUGAAACAAGAAGUAGACUCUCUAGCCAGGCGUUUCGAUGUGUUGCGGGAUGAUGCUUACCGUCGAACUAACAGACCAUGCAACUGUACUGUUCUACCUUACUUCAACCACAACAGGAGGCUUCGAAGAUCCGCUAGCGGGACACAGCAGGGUAGUGAAGAUGCUUCUGGUGCUGCUGCUUCCGCCAAUGCAAUAGAUCCUCAGAUUCACAGCGACAGCGAUCGUUUCUCCGCUCAUCUCCGCCCUGCGGAAGGCAACACAACUCUCCGCGAAGGUCAGCUGUUCAAGUGGUCCGCCCACAAAAAUCAUUCGUUCGUCGAACCGGCCGGAUUCGAGCUCGUCCAAGACCAGUUUCUCUUUGUGCAGGUCGCCGGCUACUACUUCAUCUACAGCCAGAUCACCUUCAAUGAUAGCUUGACCAGGACCAUUGGUCAUCAGAUGGUAUCCUGGGGAUGUCGGUCAACCCAAGGGGCAACCAUCCUCAUGGGCACUUCCCUUACCCAGCAAACCCGACCGGAAACGGACCUCAGCCACACCAAGAAAGAUUCGAGUUACACCGGAGGGGUCGUAUAUCUCGCGGCCGGAGACUACCUGGCAGUUCGGCCCGACCUCGGCCAGACGAGUAAAAUCGAGUAUGCCCGAUUGGCAGAGAAUACCUUCUUCGGCGCCUUCAUGAUAAAGAAAGAUGCUAGAGGCAAAUCUUUGAAGGAAAAUUGUUUCAUCUAGAAGAAACUUAAACAUACAAGUGUUUUAUUUUUCUAUUUACUUUCGGUUUUGGCUUAUUUAUAUUUAUUGUCCGUCUUAUACACUCGACAGAGCACUUUAUACACAUUGUUUUAAUCAUCAUGAAUGCAUGCAGUUAUAAUACAUGUAAAGACUAUUCACCUCACUAUAUAGAAAUGUGUAAUAGCAUUAACAUGUAAUGUGAAGGGGAGGCCUAUUAUGGACAAAUAUUGAGAGUGUAUCAAACACCCCCGGUGUGUAAAGUCAAUUUUGUGUAUGUACGAGCCGGACUUUGGUGCGUG